CCUGAGCCUUGGGCAGGGACAAUGGAAGAAAACGAAAGCCGGAAAUGUGAGCCGGGCCGCCCUUGCUCAGCAGACGGCGGCGGCAGACCGACGCGGGAACAAGGAAAAGGCAAUCUACAUGUUACCUCCUUAGAAGAUGCGGAAUGUCGCCGCCGACCCAAGGAACGCCUUUCUAAUGGCAAAGGCCCCGCCGCGCUUCCCAAGUCUUCCCGCAGCCUCCCGAGGAGGCACACCCUAGGCGGGCCCCGGAGUUCCAAAGAAAUCCUGGGCAUGCAGACGUCUGAGAUGGACAAGAAGAGAGAAGCUUUCCUUGAACAUCUGAAGCAGAAGUACCCCCACCAUGCCACCGCCAUCAUGGGCCACCAGGAGAGGCUGAGAGACCAGGCUUUGCAGUGCAUGCUGGUCUCUCUCCAGGCAGAACUUGACAUUCAGAGGUACUUGAUGAAAAUCGAAUCAUCUCAGCGAACGAGAAGCCCCAAGCCGUCGCACAGCCCCCAGCCUCCUAGCCUGGGCGACCCCAUCGAGCAUUUGUCAGAGGCGUCCGGCGACUCCUUGGAAGCCAUGUCCGAGGGGGAGUCUCCGAGCCCCUUUUCCCGGGGCAGCCGGACACGAGCCAGCCUCCCAGUGGUGAGGUCGACCAACCAGACGAAAGAAAGGUCUCUGGGUGUUCUCUAUCUUCAGUACGGAGAUGAGACCAAGCAGCUCAGGAUGCCCAAUGAGAUCACAAGCGCAGACACCAUCCGUGCGCUCUUCGUAAGUGCCUUUCCACAGCAGCUCACCAUGAAAAUGCUGGAGUCUCCCAGGGUCGCCAUCUACAUCAAAGAUGAGAGCAGAAAUGUCUACUACGAAUUAAACGACGUCAGGAACAUUCAGGACCGAUCCCUCCUGAAGGUGUACAACAAGGAUCCUGCACACGCGUUUAACCACAUGCCCAAGACUGUGAACGGAGACAUGAGGAUGCAGAGAGAAAUUGUGUACGCGAGAGGAGAUGGCCCUAGCGCCCCACGACCCGGCUCCACGGCUCAUCCGGCCCACGCCAUCCCGAACUCUCCCCCAUCCACUCCGGUGCCCCAUUCCAUGCCGCCCUCCCCGUCCAGGAUCCCUUACGGGGGCACCCGCCCGAUGGCUGUGCCCGGCAACGCCACCAUCCCCAGGGACAGGCUGUCCAGCCUGCCCGUUUCCAGAUCCAUCUCCCCAAGCCCGAGCGCCAUUCUGGAAAGGAGAGACGUCAAGCCGGAUGAAGACCUGGGCGGCAAAAACGCGGCCCUGUACCGCGGCGAGGGUUUCUACGGCGACCCGUACCUCUACCACGAGGGCCGCAUGAGCAUCGCCUCGUCCCACAGCGGGCACCCGCUGGACGUGCCCGACCACAUCAUCGCCUACCACCGCACGGCCAUCCGCUCGGCCAGCGCCUACUGCGGCCCUGCCCUGCCCGCCGAGCUGCACGUGGAGCAGUCCCUGUACCGGCAGAAGUCGCGCAAAUACCUGGAGAGCCACCUGCCCACGCUGGGCGCCAAAACCCCGCCCGCCUCCCCGCACAGGGUGGGCGACCUGCGCAUGAUGGACUUGCACCCGCUCGCCGGCGCCCACGGGCAGGCGCACACGCUGCAGCCGGAGCGCGCCUCCCCGAGCCGCCAGGCCUUCAAGAAGGAGCCGGGCACCUUGGUGUAUAUUGAGAAGCCACGCAGCAGCGCAGGGCUGGCCGGCAUGGUGGACCUCGGGCCGUCGCUGUUGGAAAAGCAGGUGUUUGCCUACAGCACUGCUACGAUGCCCAAAGACAGAGAGACCAGUGAGAAGACGACGAAACCCACAGCCAGCAAGAGCCACAGCGCCACCGCCACCGACAGCGCAGGGAGCCCCCAUGUUUCUGGAGGGAAGGCGCCCAGCGGCCUGGAGUCCACAGUGCCGCCCAGCCAGCCCCCGCCCGUGGGCUCGUCGGCCGUCCACAUGAGCCUGCUUGACGUGAGGCGAAGCGUGGCCCAGCUCCGGCUCCAGCUCCAGCAGAUGCGGCAGCUCCAGCUGCAGAACCAGGAGCUGCUGAGGGCAAUGGUGAAGAAGGCCGAGGCGGAGAUCAGCAGCAAAGUGCUGGACACCAUGAGGAGGCUGGAGGAUCCCGUGCAGAGGCAGCGGCACCUGGUGGAGCAGGAGAGACAGAAGUACCUGCACGAAGAGGAGAGGAUCAUCCGGAAGCUCUGCGACCUGGAGCACUUUGUGGAAGACUUGAAGGACCCUGCCUCCACUGGACGGGCGGUUACGCUGAAAGAUGUGGAGGACGGGGCUUUCCUCCUGCGGCAAGUGGGAGAGGCCGUCGCUUCCCUGAAAGGGGAGUUCCCGACCCUGCAGAACAGGAUGCGUGCGGUCCUGCGCAUCGAGGUGGAGGCCGUGAGGUUCCUGAAGGAGGAGCCGCACAAGCUGGACAGUCUGCUGAAGAGAGUGCGCAGCAUGACCGACGCCCUGACCGUGUUGCGCAGGCAUGUCACCGACGGGCUCCUGAAGGGAGCCGACGCCACCCAAGCCGCACAGUACCUGGCGAUGGAAAAAGAGGUGCUGCGGAGCCAGGAGGAGGCCCCCCACGGCGCAGGCGUCCCCGGGGACGUGAAGGCAGAGGUGGUGGCCGUGCACCACGCUCAGAGCUCGCCCGUGCUCAUGCAACAGUCCCAGCACUCCUCGGCACUGAGUGCCGCGCAGAACCCGCCGGGGGCACCGCCGAGCCCCCCCACCGCCCUGAAGGACAGGGGCCCCCUGCUGCCACCCGGCCCCCAGUCCCCACAGUCACCCGUGAACGGGUCCACCGUGCAGAGCCUGUUCAUGGAGGAAAUCCACAGCCUGGGUGCCAAGAGCAGGGCCGUGUCCAUCGAGAAAGCGGAAAGGCGCUGGGAAGAGGAGCGGCACAAUCGGGACCACUGUGCUGGGAGGGAGUUUGAGAAGCUCCUGGAAGAAGCGCAGGCCAGUAUCAUGAAGUCCAUUCCCAACCUGGAGGUGCCGCCUGCCUCCAGCCCCCUGCCCAAGGGACACGCUCCGGGGGACCAGUUAGAGCUGUCAGAAGACUCACCAACUUCAGACCAGGACUCGGAGAAGCUGGGGGGGAGGUCCCCGCCUCCCCCACCCCCACCCCCCAGGCGGAGCUACCUACCAGGAUCUGGGCUCACCACCACGAGGUCCGGUGACGUGGUCUACACCAGCAGGAAGGAGAGCUUCACUGUGAAGGCAAGCCCUGAAGAUGCUGGACCCACUUCUCAGCCCAGACCCACACCGGCUCCAACAGAGGAGUCUGUCCCGCCGGUCCCCACCGUCUCCUCAAAGGACGAGGAGGAAGAGGAAGAAGGAGACAAAAUAAUGGCAGAGCUCCAGGCAUUCCAGAAGUGUUCCUUUACAGACGCAAACUCAAACAGUCAUGCCGAGCAGUUGCGGACAGACGGUCACGCUAAAGACACUAGGCCCGGGGCCACAGUCCCACCCAAGGACAAGAAGAAUUCGGAAUUUUUCCAUGAAGACAUUUGGAAAUCUGAAGUUGAAUCUGAAAGUGGACCCCAAGUGGAGCCCCGAAAGGUUCCUGCAGGGCCACGACGACGUGGUGACCGUCCUCAGGACCUGUGGGACAGCGGCGUGAAGGGCAGGAGUUGUGAUGCCCCGAGAGCACACACAGCUGGCCUUUCAGUGAAGGAGAAACCUGACUCUGUCGGGAGCCUGCUUACUGGGGACAGCCCAGCCUGUUCCCAGAAAAAUGCAGUCAAUCCCAGCGUGGCCGCCAUUGGCUCCCCGGAGGAGGAACUCGGCAAAGGGCCUGGAGUCUCAGAGUCGCAGAGCCAGUGGGUGAGCCAUGGAAAGAGAAAGGAGGUGACCGCACCGGGCCACCUUCCCCCUCCCGCAAGGUCGACCGAACUGGGUGUCCAUGGAGGCAGAACACAGGAUCCACAAGAUGCCGUCGUGGCUGAGGCAGGGCAAGUCGUCCUGAGGCCCAAGGGCGGGAGGCAUGCCAGCCCGACCCCCGGCGACGGAGGAGAAUCCCUGUUAAGUUCUCCCACAGAAGAAGCCCCCACCCCGGACAACAUCGCUUUCAUGAUCACCAAAACGGCCGUCCAGGUUUUGUCCAGCGGCGAGGUUCGGGAUAUCGUGAGCAGGAAGGGCGAAGAUGUUCAGACAGUGAAUGUUGACGCCAAGAAGGAGCUGAGCGCCCAGCCCGGGGCCCUGGAGGGUGACGCGCCGGUCAUGUGCCUGGACAAGAAGCCGGUGAUCAUCAUUUUUGAGGAGCCCAUGGACAUCCGGGCUGCCUACAAGAGGCUCUCCACCAUCUUUGAGGAGUGCGAUGAGGAGUUAGAGAAAAUGAUGACAGAGGACAAGAUCGAGGAAGAGGAAGAGGAGGAGGGCGGAGACCCUGCCGCCGCCUGGCAUAACCCUCCGCAGGUGUGUCCGGAGCCGGUGGCCGAGGCCAGCCUGAGACCGAGGCAGGAGACCGAGGGCACGUGGAAGCCAGCCUCCCAGCCCACCGAAACCAGCAGGUCAGAGGGGCAGGAGGCUGGCGGGCCUGAUCUCGGCCAACGGGGGCAGGCCGAUGCCCCAGCCUCCGCGGGCAAGUGGGACCUCACGGAGGAGCACCCAGAGAGCCCCAAGAAAAAGUUCAAGUUCCGCUUCCCGAAAAAGCAGCUGGCCGCCCUCACCCAGGCCAUCCGCACGGGCACGCGGACAGGGAGGAAGACCCUGCAGGUGGUGGUCUACGAAGAGGAGGAAGAGGAUGGGGCCUUGAAGCAGCACAAGGAAGCCACGCGGUUCGAGAUCGCAAGGCCUCAGCCUGGGGAACCUCCCAGAGCGCCCGCUAGAAGAGAAGAGCAGCCGGCUCUCGCCGAGAGCCCAUGGCAGCCCUCCCGGACGGAUGAUAUUCGGAAAAGCACCUACAAGACGUUGGACAGCCUGGAGCAGACCAUUAAGCAGCUGGAAAACACCAUCAGCGAGAUGAGCCCCCAAGCUCUCGUGGACACCCCACAUCCUCCCGACAGAGCUUCCGCUGCCGGCUCAUCUCACCUGGUCCAAGAGGCCUCUCCCCACAGCGCACCCACCCUGGAUGAGGCUUCCAGCACCCCAGAACCCCCCACGGCUCCCCCUGCGGCUUCACGUAAGGGCUCCAGUGGGACCACGCAGGCAAGCAGGAUGCCCGUGCCCAUGAGCUGCAAGAGCAGACCGGGAAGCAUGGACAAGCCCAGCAAACCGUCCAAACUGCAGGAUCCCCGCCAGUACCGUCAGGUAGUUUUACCCUAAACCCACUUUGCGGAUCGCCAUGAACAGUCUUGCUGUUAAGAAGCAAGGAAGGGGCUGCCUUAGUGUACAUCGAAUGCGUUCGUGUUUGGGGUCGUCUUUUUUGUGGGUCUCUGCUUUCGCUCGGUUUUCCUUGGGAAACGAACGAUCUGAGCAGGCACCCUGGACCGGGGGCAUGGAGGAAGGCCUGUGGAAAGCCCCCACCGCGCCUGGUGCAUGCUUUGCCGUAGAGCACCUUCUCCUCUGGGACUCUGUCGCUCAGCAUCCGCCCAGGGGGCUUGCCCUGGUGAAUGUAGUGGUGCGUGCCAGAGAGGCACUCGGGCCACGGCCACACAGAGAGCCUGCAGCCGAACUGCCCUUAGAGCCACGGAUCCUAACGUAGACUGUGGACUGCUCCCUGGUACCCUCCUCGACCUGCCCCUCACACCCCUCGCCCACCCCCCCGACCCCCAGUAACAAUCCCGAAGCCUGGCCGGCUGCCCAGCACUCAGUACAGAUGCGAGUCCAGUGCCCUGAUCCUUCUGCUGCGUGCUACAGGUCCAGGUGCGGUACAGCACCCCAAGACUUGAGCUCAGACCUUGCCCUGUCUCUCAGAGAGAGGGAGAGUUUUCCUUUAACUUCUCUCUCAGAUGGGCUGUGUUGCCAGGCCCCGCGGAUUGGAUCACGUGACCAGCUUUCUGACAAACUGUCUCCCACCAUCUUUAUUCACAGGCUAAUGGAAGUGCUAAGAAAGCUGGUGGGGACUGUAAACCUACUUCCCCCUCCUUACCUGCCUCUAAGAUUCCAGCCCUUUCUCCCAGC